CCAAACGCAGACGCAGAGCUAGUGUAAACACCCAAUUACCAAACAAAAGUGUUAAAAUGAUGUUCGGUUUAUUUAUUAUUCUUUCAUAAUAUUAAUUGAAAAUCAUACUGUACAGUAAUUAUUCCAAUGGGCAAAAUUGCUACUUUUUGUUUUUGGAUAUUGAUUCUUGAAACUUAAAACAGAUUAAGUGUUCUGGAAAACUUCGAGUUCGUUGCGAGCCAGCUGUAACAAAAUUGGGUUCCAAUGGCCACCUGGACACAAAGGGAGCCGACAGGAGUCAGCAACCGUAGACGUUGGAAUCUAGAAGACCGCGAAUCGCUGAACAAGUUAAAGCACCACAUCGCAGAGGAGGGCUGUUCGCAAACCCAAUAUGACCUGGCUAAGGAGUUGUUAGAGAACCACAUGGCAGAACCGAACGUGGCUAACAGCAACAGUCGUAACCAGAAAGCUAUCAACUGGCUGGUGAGUGCGUCCCAAAAUGGCCAUGAAGAUGCCGCCAAAUUGUUGCGAAAAUGCUACAACAAUGGUAGUGGAAUUACUGCUGAAAAUGCAGACGAAGUGCGUCGGUGUUUGGCGAUGACUCCAGGUGAACGGGCAGCAAGAAAAGCGGCCAGGGAACUUUUUGCUUGUUUAUCGAAUGGCAACGAACACAUCACGCCAAAGCAACUGGAACGGAAGAUGCGGCGCAUCUACAACUUACAACGCAAGAGACGCAGACGCCCGCACCAGGAAGAGGACUACUCCAGCAGCGACUGCGAACCAGAGACCGAAUGUGAACCCCUAGAAGACACUUCCAGUAUUGGAAUGGCAAAUGUGGAGGAUCGUCGUUUUAUAACAGAGGCGCACCUGGUCUCAGCAGCCUCUAACUAUAGUGCCGGACGAAUGCCUGCCGUAAAUGAUACAUUGACGCUGUCAGUCCCCCAUCCCGCAAGUCUGGAUCACGUGCCAUGCUUCUACCGCCUGAUCUUUCAUCCGUUGAUAUUCAUCACUCUGUUUUACCAUCGUUUGCUAGAAGUAAUUGUCUCCCUGCCCAAACUGCUACCACUCAGUGUGCGAUGCACUCUGCUGGUUCUGCUCUCUUGGUGGAGUAGCCGACACAUGUUGCCGUUAGUGUGCUACUAUCUCAGUCUGGGCGUUAUGCUUUGGGCCACCUGUAAGAUGUUGCAGACUAAGCAGCAGUUUGUGGACUUUCGGAUUUGGUCAGGACUGUUUCUUAGCUACGGGGACAAUCACAUAGAGGCGGACAUAGCGGAGCAGCGCUUUCUGAGGAACAAUAUGAAGCCGUAUCUAUAUUAUUUUUGUGCCUUCAUUUGCAACUUAAUUGUCUAUCCGCUGGUCACCGAUGCCUGGCUGCCACAUUCAGAGCUAACGAUCCUUUCAGGAGCGUUUACCUUUCUCACCAUGGGUGUCUCAAUGUAUGCCACUUCGCAUUUGGUACCGGAUUGGCUGGUAAUCAUUUCAUUUGCUGUUAAUGUGCUGGCCAAAUAUCCUUAUGAAAGGGAUGAAGUAGUCUCCACGCGUUGGCGCUUUUUGGACCUCCGCGUGCCCACCUUUUCUUCCUUUGUCGUUGGCAAUGGUAUCGAAUUCUGCCUAAGUUGCCGAACUGCCUUAUAUCUAUUCAUUCCUGUGCUGCUCAUCCUUCUUGCCAGGCGCUCUCGUUGGCAUGGCGUCUACACAUAUCUUAUACCACAUUGCGUUACCCUCAGUUGGUUGCAGGUGUGUAUCGCCACCUCGCAAAGUGCCACCAUGUUUGGGAUGACACGUGCCGCCCUAGGUUUGGCGGGAAUUGUGCUCUUCCUGCCACUGUUCGGAAUAGUGGCCCUUCUAGUUCCGGUAUUUGUGGCGAUUGACAAUUUGGGCCUAGCCAACGAGGAGUUACGCUGGGCGAGCACAGCAGUAGCUUGCGGAUUGGUAGCUAUACUCUCGUGUGUCCUGGCUCUCAAUCGGGCCACAAAGAAGUACAUUACAAUACUGCAAGUGCUUAUGGGCUUAACGACAGCCUGUGUCCUUGUCUUUCCCUACAUGACGUCCAGUUUUAAGGAUACGCCACGCUUCAAUGCCAUUCCCAGAGUAGGAAUGUCGUUUUCAAACUCGGAUACUCUCCAAUGGGAUCGCUUCCAUGCUCUUUGCGCUCAACCAGUACAGGAAGAGACCAACAAGAUCAAGGCACAACUUCGUUGUUCUUAUUUAAAUGGCAUGCACGUGGCAUGGGAAGGAAGUGUGGACAAAGUGCAGAUUGGACGUGUCAGCAACAUUCUGGAAGAUGUAAUUUCCAACUAUCUGCCCACUUGGCUGGCCCGCAUUCUGCGCUGUGUGCACGGAGAGAACAUUGCUCAACAUUUUGAAUGCGAUCCCAAAAGUGAAUCUCAAUGUGAGACAUGGCAGCGAGCCAUAAAAUCACUGGAGCGUUGCUCCCUCCAGAAUUGGGAUCGUUACGAAUAUGAGCUCUUGGUUAAGGUGGGCUCUGGCAGUAGCAGCCGGUUGCUAGGACGCUCCACUUUUACAAAUGUGUUAGUAAAGGCUCAUCAUGACUUUGGUAAUUUUACCCGUCGUCUUAGUCAUGGAGACCAGAUACUUUUCUAUGGUGUUCUCCACGAAUCUCGGCUUCUCGCUAAACAUGUUCAGAUUCAAUUGAAGACCAUCGAGUGCCUGUCUUGCCAGUCAGCAAAUCUUGGAACUGUGAGCAUUGAGCGCUUAGCAACCAGUUCUCCGAUGGACGCGCGUCUCCAGGAUCUUAAGAGAGGCAUCAAGUAUUUACUCAAUGCUCUGCUUAGUCCGUUGAUUACCUUUAAAUAAGUCUCGGAAUAAAGUCGAGGAAAUAAAAGAAAAAACUACCGCUAUCUA